AUGGGCCUAGGUGCGUGCCUAAGUGCGCUUUUCACUAUGAAAGAAGCUGUAUCUACUUCACAUUGUUCUCAGCCUAACACAAUUGAAUACGAAAUGGCUAUGGAAUGGUGCUUACUACAAUCCAGAUCUGACAGUUGGUGGAAGAGCCUUCACAAGCAACAAGGACAGGAUUUGAGGAAACUUAUGGCUAAUCUCAAGUCGAAAUAG